AUGGAUCACAACAUCAACAACGAUCCAAUCCCAGAUGAUGAAGUAGACGAUGUCGAAUUCGUUGACUCAGAUCCGGACUCAGACCUCGAAGACACAUCUGUGAGCAUUGGGUUGAAUAAGACGGGCGAGCGCGGCAGCGGCUAUCAUACUCGCAACGACCCUUCCGCUCCCUAUCAGCGACAAACGGUGACGGAGCGCCGAGGAAUCAUCGAAGUCCGUUGCAAGUCUCGAGACGUCAUUCAUGGGGUUCUGUCGGAAGAGACAGGAGAGAGUGCAACGCUUCUCGUCUAUGACUUUUAUCUCGACACAACUCGAAGAUCACGGCGAAUUGUGUCCGCCUCACUGGAAUUCGAGUUUGGGAAUGCCGUCCCCGGAGUUCCGGCCCCCCAAGUCCAUGCUAUCGCUCCCGCGGGUCGAGUGACUCUGCUGCCUUCAACUCAAGAGGAGUCGGUCACUCAUGGGGCCGAAGUGAACGCGGGCGUGGGUGAAUUUGGCGCAAAUGCUGGCGGGAGCCUCAAGUGGGAGAAGACUGUGAGCCGCACAACAAACGACGACGCCAGAGUGACGGGCCACAUCUUCAGCGAUGACUACGGCAAAGGCGUUGGCGCGAGCUGGGUUCUGCACGAGAAUCCCACGAUCAAGUCCGGCACGCCCAGUCUCUUACGCUGCGCCAUUCUGCUCAACCGCGGAUUUGAUGACAACAGGUUCCAAUGCAAAGUGAGGAUCAAGGUGGAGGCAGAUUGGAAGUCCGAGAUGGGUCGGUUGUUUGGCUCAACACCACCAGAUGACCCCGUCUUGUUUGACCCCGAGAUGCCCCCAACUAACAAGCUAAAAAAAUACGACACGGAAAACCUUGGAUCCAUCGAUUUGGACGAGUUUACGGAUAUCAUCUUCGACAAGAAACUGAGGAAGAAGGACGCGGCUUAA